AUGUGGAGAGUUCUGUCUCUCUUGCUUGCUGUGUCUUUUGUUCCACUCGAGACAGUAGAGGCCUUGAUACUUCAGCGAAGAGAAGUGCCCGCUGUUGUGACCCUAGAUAUCAAACGCAACGAUGUGUCAGAUCCUGUAAUGAGGGACCGCGCAAGACGCAAGCGAGAUACAACCACUGUUUCUCAGGCCCUGGAUAAUGAGGAAACGCUCUAUUUCUGUAAUAUAACCCUUGGAACGCCGGAACAGAGCCUACGACUGGUUUUGGACACUGGGAGCAGUGACCUUUGGUGCAACGCAGCGAAUUCUACGCUUUGCUCCUCGUCGACAGAUCCGUGCAGUACAUCCGGCACUUACGAUUCUGACAAGUCUACAACGUACACAUAUGUCUCGUCUGACUUCAAUAUAUCCUAUGCGGAUGGAACCGGUGCGGCUGGUAUUUACGCAACCGAUACUCUCCAUAUAGGUGGUUCGACGUUGGAAGAUUUCCAAUUUGGUAUCGGGUAUUCAUCAAGUUCCUCCGAGGGUGUUUUGGGCAUCGGCUAUACUUCGAAUGAGGUCCAAGUCGGCCGCUUCGGUGAUAGCGCCUAUCCUAACCUUCCUAGGGCAAUGGUGAAAAAUGGACUGAUAAAGUCCAAUGCCUACAGCCUAUGGUUGAACGAUCUAGAUGCCAAUACGGGUUCCAUUCUUUUUGGAGGCGUAAAUACGAAGAAAUAUCACGGUGAACUACAAACCCUUCCAAUUCAGAAGGUUAAUGGCAUCUAUUCCGAAUUCAUAAUCGCUCUUACUGGAGUCGGCUUCACUUCGGGAUCAAGCAGUCGCAAUUACUCGUCAGAUGCCCUUCCGGCUGCCGUUUUGCUUGAUUCUGGUAGUUCCCUUACAUAUCUUCCAGAUUCCAUCGUCGAAGACAUCUAUAAUGAUUUCAGUGUUGUGUACGAACAAUCUUCUGGUGUUGGCUAUGUGCCUUGCAGUCUGGCACAAAACAACACUAAUAUCACCUACACUUUCUCAUCGCCUACUAUUGCUGUUGGGGUAAACGAGCUUGUUCUCGACGUGGGCGAUCUCUUAUUUCAGGACGGAGAACGCGCUUGUGUCUUUGGAAUUGUCCCCGCUGGUGAUAGUACCGCUGUCUUAGGGGACACCUUUUUACGCAGUGCGUACGUUGUCUACGACCUAGCGAACAAUGAGAUUUCCCUCGCCAACACUAACUUUGAUGCGACGGGAAACGACAUCUUGGAAAUUGGAACAGGGGAAGACUCUGUGCCCGGUGCUACUAAAGUCGCUAAUCCUGUCACGACGGUGGCAGUUGAUGGCUCUGGUGCAAGGAUUGGUGGCCCGACUGGUGCAACUUUCACUAGCAUUCCAUCCGCAACGAGUGGAGGCCAUGCUACAGCAGGGUUGAUGGGUGCUACAAAACUUAUAGCUUUUGCUGCUGCUGUGAUUGGGUACAUGCUGACUUUCUAA